AACUCAUCUUCUAUCAUAGCCCAAUUACUUAUAAAAUGCCCUCUCUCAUUAGUCAUUUCUUUAGAAAAAAAACUUUCAGUCUGUCUGAUGCAGAAGCAGUGCUUUUCUAGGAGUACGAGGAGCUAGAAUUGGAUAAGAAAGUAGGAUGAAAGGCGUCCAUCACAAAAGUUCAAGGAACAAAUUGUCUACUAGGGACAGAAAGAAGCUAAGUGGAGAAGAUUUAAACACCGUUGACGAGACUGUUGGGCAAAGAAAGAAACUAAGUGGAGAAGAUUUAAGCGAGUUGGACCAUAGAGUUGAGUUCAGGGAUAUAAUCUCCCAAUUGCCUGAACACAUCAUCCAUCACAUCCUUUCUCUCCUUCGUGAUACAAAUGAUGCAGCUCGAACCAGUAUUUUGUCGAGAAAGUGGAGGCAGAUAUGGACUUCAUUCUCCAUUUUGAAAUUUGACCAACAAAAGAUUCAAGAACAAGAGGAAUGUCUGGAAAUGAGGAACAAGACCAAGACAUUUAAAGACUUUGUUGCCAACUCUCUGAAUAACCACCUCAAGCGAAAAUUAAGCAUACAGAAAUUAGUGCUACAUAUUACCUCAUAUGAUUUAGAACUGGCCCCACACAUGGACCAUUGGAUCAAUAUUGCAAUUGAAAACAACAUGAAAGAGCUAGAUCUUCAUGUUGUUGUCAAGAAAAGUAGAUAUUAUUAUUUGCCCCAGACUGUUUUUGCUUCAAAUACAAUCACUGGAUUAAGGUUACAUGGGUGUAAGUUGAAAUUUCGCAGCAAUAUAAAGCUUCCGCAACUGCAAAAAUUGUAUCUCCACAAAGUCCAUGUCGGUCAACAGAUAGUUGACAACCUGAUCUCCAGCUGCCCUUUAAUUGAGGAUUUGAGAUUCAUACACUGCACAGGGUUGCAGAAUCUGCAGGUUUCAAGUCUUCUCAAACUUGAUAGGGUUGAGGUACACCAUUGCCAAGGACCGAAAGAGAUCAAAGUCAAUGCCCCAAAUCUUCAAACAUUUUGGUAUUGUGGGAAGAAAUCCUUACCAUGCAAAAUUGACUUGGUUGCUUGUGUAUUUUUGAAAAGAUUAACAUUGGAGGAUGCCAACAUGACAGAUGAAAUGUUUGAAGAUCAGUUUGCUAGAUUUCCUUUCCUUGAGAUAUUGGACCUAAGCAAAUGUAACAACUUGAAGAAUUUAACGAUUUCAAGUACACAGCUAAAAAAACUUGUCUUGAGAGGAUGCAAAAAUUUAAUGGAAGCUGACAUAGAUGCUCCAAAUCUUUUUUCAUUUGAGUAUAAAGGUGAUAAGAUGCCUUUCUCAUUUUCAAAUCCUUCAUCUUUGAAGGCAGCCAAAUUUUCUUUUGAACCAGUACAUAUAGAUAGCCAAGAAUUCCACCUUGGAGAUGCAGAUCCUCUCUGGUUUUUUAGAUUGAGAGAACUUCUUGAGAAGUUAAAACACUCCAGUGGCUUAAAAUUGAUUGUCCGCUCCAAAAAGAAUGUCAUCAUACAUGAAGAAUUGGAAGAAGUCUUACUUCCCCCACAAUCUGAUCUCAAGCUUGAAAUAAUCAAACCAUUAACAUGCUUUGAAGAUUUAUUAGAUAAUUUGUUGAGGACAUGUCACCCAGAGAUUCUUUCAAUAGUAUCAUCCUCCAGCAGUGAAUUCCCCAAGUUGGUAUAUGAAAAGAUGAUGCACAGAGGAGAGAACCCAAACUGCUGCCCAUACAACACUCAAAAUAAAUGUUGGCGGCACUCUCUGAAGGGCAUCAAGAUUGAGAAAUUUGAAGCAGCUUAUGGUAAAAGUACAUCUGACUGGAUUGCUUGGUUGAAGUCAUCUCCGACUUUGCAGUACCAGACAACUAGUUAUCGGUUAUCUUGGUAAUCUGAUGAACGUGAUAGGAAACCAAAGCCCAUUCUAUGUUAAUCAAGUGGCCUUUCUUUCCAAUGUAAUUGAGAAACAGAGGGUGAUUUCGUUGGUUCAAUCCUAUAUAGGUGUCCAACAGUACAAGUCUUCUUACCUAUAAAAGAGAAAAAUCAUCCAAAAUCAGACUUUAACAUUUAGACUCUGCUUUUUUUUUUUUUCUUUUUUCUUUUUUUUUGGUUAUGGUUAAAAGGUUAAAAUAUAGUUCAGAACACAUUAGUAAGAUGUUAAUGGAUUAUGCUUUGAAUCUUAUUAUGAUUGGUUUUCAGUAACAGGAAUAUGUUCUUGCCA